AUGGAUGUCUGGACGGAAAAGCCAGGGAAGCAUAACGAUCCAGGCAUGGCGCAGUCAAUGUCAGCAGAGACACUAGUCGAGGAUGACAACAAGGUCACAGACACUGAAUAUAUGACCGAAUACGGCAUGACGUUUUGGGAACAGCAGGGCUACAUACAAGAGGUAGCAGGACAUUUGUUCGAAGCAGUCCGUACAAGCUGGUGGUGUGCGGACCAGGAGACGCGAGGAAGUGUUACAGCAAUUUUGCCCCGUUUGCUCAAGGGAUUUGCUUCUAGGCUUCGUUAUGAUACUGAUUACCUCAUUCACCAAGAUAUUAUAUCCUUUAUUAAUGAGCAUAGCUGUGACAUUGCGACGGAAUUUUUAAAUAUCGGAUCUAUGCAAGACAAAAGUAAUUUGGAUAAGCCUUGGCGAUUCGUCUUUAACACCCGUGCCUCUGGAUGGCUACGCACCCAACUUCGGAGGGAGUUUUGUCUUGCCUCAAAAGGACCAAACAUCAUUCAAGAAAUCCAAGACACUAUCAUGUCUGCGUUCCCGCCCGCUCCUGACUACAGCGAAGAUUCAUCUCGUCCAUAUUUUGCUGUUACCUUUGAGCUUGAAUGUGAUCUUCUUUUCUUUUUUGAAACGCAAAACCCCGAAGAACCGCCAGGCGAAGGAUUUAGGACGGCUUUCACCCUGACUGGUUCCGAAUUAGAUGUUCAGGGAGCAACUUGCAGUAAUUACAUGCGGCAGACUUGGCCUAUGACAGGAGAGGCAAUCAUCGAGCUGGUUACAGGUGCUCUUUGCGUUCGGCAAGGGUGUGCCUUUAUGAAAACAAUGUUGGACGGGACGGAACUCAGUGCAAUGAUUAACGAAUGCAAUGGUAAACUCAUUGUGGAAGCUUACGGAGCUGCAGUUUCGAUUGCGGAAAUUGGAGAGCAGCUUGCUUGGCUCGGAGCUGCCGUAGGGACAUUGCCCCGAGAGCAUAAUAAGAUCAUGUAUUGCACGCCAGUCAUCACCGAGGAUUGGGAAUCGGACAGUAUUGCAUCGCCCCUUUCAAUUCUGCAGCCAUCAUUAAAAAGCAUCAACCUUAAGAUCAUGUUCGAGAUGGAAGAAACCUCCGCCACGGCACAACAUGGAGGGUGCAUUAUUGUGAAGGGUUAUCCGAUCUCUCAGAGAAAUGUGUGGAGAGAGUCUGGAAAUUUUGGUCAGUGUGGUGGUACAAAUGGAACUGAUUCUUGGAAUCGAUCAAUUGAGAGGCUUUGCAUGCGUGAAUGGCUUUUUCACCAAGGAUUUUCCAUGAGAGAGACGUAA